AUUUAAUGCUUAAUCCACACACGGUGGAGGAAAGCACAUUACUAUUGCCAUUGGAGGCGGGGCUCCGUUCAUUCCUAUGGAAGUUGCUCAGUGGCGCAUGAUGCCAAAAUGGCUCGACUUUCGUCUGAAAAAAUACCCGGAUCUUCCGACGACCUUCCGCAUCCAUUAGGCCCAUGGAACGUGCAGUAGCGUCCGCUCAGUCACAUGACUCGGUCAUGGGGUCCAAACGUCACGCCGUUGUCAAGGUUUGCCCUGUCGUUACAGUCUGUGUCUCAUUCACAUGAACGGAGGAAGGGAAAUAACUCUGGAUUUGGAUAUUAGUGCGUUUUACAACUUUUAGGACCUAAUGAUUUAAAUAAGGACUAUUAGAGUGUUCGUACUGGGAAGUUGAUUCACCUCAAAAAAAUUAUCCGCUGGGUUACAGACGGCUCUUUCCCAAUAUAAGUUUAUGGGAAAAAGUAUUUUUGCGCCCAAUUGCAUCACGUGACUGACAUGGAAGUUGUUAUACCGCCAUUUGGCCGCUACGAUUUUGGGAUCAACUACCGGUGCACUUCCUGGGGGCUUGGUUGAAGCAUGGAAGCAUUGUGAAGCAUUAUGGAAAAUGAGCCAAACAGCAAGCUUGUGACCAGCAGCAGCGCCGGGUCUAAACGGUGCCUCCGCUUGGGUAAUAGCUACCAAGCUAACUAGCCAGCCAGCUGCUCUCUUUUCCGCAAGCUGCGACCACACCACUGACGUCGAUGUCAUUCUGACGAGCAGCUGAGAUGUCCAAUGACAGCCAGGGACCGGUGAAGGGGGAGGCGACCAUGAUGCCGUCUCCCUCUGGCUCCGCCUCCUCUCAGGGACCGCCCCUAUCUCCGUCCACCACCUCCAAACCACCUGAGCUCCCAGAUGAACUGGUCCAGGCUGGAUGGUCUAAGUGCUGGUCUCGGAGGGAGAACCGACCGUAUUAUUUCAACAGAUUCACCAACCAGAGCCUGUGGGAGGUCCCAGUUCUGGGUCAGCAUGAUGUCAUCUCUGAUCCAUUAGGUCUGAAUGCAGCCCCAGCAGAGGGUGGAGAGAGUAACCUAGGUAACGGUCAGAGGAAGAGGAGGAGCUCUGAGGAGCAGGGGGCGGGGCCCAACAGCAUCAAACGAGUCAAGGGUGAGCCCACCACGCCCAUCUCUCCCAGCACCCCUGGGGUCAAACCCUGGAACUCUGCCCCUGAGGACAAACAGGCCCAACCAGCCACGCCCACAACCCCAAGCCCCGCCCCUGCUCCAUACAGACCAGCAGUUAUCUACUGGGACCUGGACACCCAGACCAAUGCUGUGAUCAGAGAGCAUCCCCCCGCCAACCACCUGCCCCCCCACCCUGAGAUCGAGCUGCAGAGAGCUCAGCUGGUCACCAAACUUAGGCAACACUACCACGAACUGUGCCACCAGAGAGAAGGUAUUGAUCCGCCCCGGGAGUCGUUCAACCGUUGGCUACUGGAGAGGAAAGUAAUCGACAAAGGUCACGACCCCUUACUGCCGAGUGACUGCGACCCCGUCAUCUCCCCGUCCAUGUUCAGAGAGGUCAUGAACGACAUUCCCAUCAGGUUGUCGCGUAUCAAGUACAAAGAGGAGGCCCGGAAGCUGCUGUUUAAAUACGCUGAAGCUGCCAAGAAGAUGAUUGACUCCAGGAAUGCGAGUCCAGAGAGCAGGAAGGUGGUGAAGUGGAACGCUGAAGACACCAUGAGCUGGCUGCGCCGAGAUCACUCCGCCAGCAAGGAGGACUACAUGGACCGUCUGGAGCACCUGAGACAGCAGUGUGGUCCUCACGUCACCGCUGUCGCCAAAGACUCUGUGGAGGGAAUCUGCUCCAAGAUCUACCAGCUGUCUGCAGAGUACAGCCGCCGGAUGAGACAGACACACCUGAGUCUGCUGCAGGACCCCCCCACAGAGGCGUGUGCGUCCCCCCAGCAGUCCCGGUUGGUCUACUGUUACCCUGUGCGUCUGGCGAUCCCCUCGCCGCCCCUCCCUCGAGUCGAGCUGCACUUUGAGAAUGACGUGGCAUGUCUACGCUUCAGAGGAGAGAUGGUCAAAGUCAACAGAGGUCACUUCAGCAAACUGGAGUUGUUGUACAGGUACAGCUGUAUAGACGAUCCUCGCUUUGAGAGGUUCCUGUCCAGAGUCUGGUGCCUCCUCAAGAGAUACCAGGUGAUGUUUGGCAGCGGAGCUAACGAGGGGACGGGUCUGCAGGGGGCGCUGCCGGUGUCUGUGUUCGAGGCGUUGAUCCGACAGUUUGGAGUUUCCUUCGAGUGUUUCGCCUCGCCGCUCAACUGCUACUUCAAACAGUUCGGCUCUGCCUUCCCCGACACCGACGGCUUCUUCGGAUCCAGAGGGCCGUUCCUGUCUUUCUGUCCAGUCAGCGGCUCGUUUGAAGCCAACCCUCCGUUCUGUGAAGAGCUGAUGGAGGCCAUGGUGACACACUUUGAGGCGCUGUUGGAAAAGUCCUCUGAGCCUCUGUCUUUCAUCGUCUUCGUCCCUGAGUGGCGUGACCCUGUGACUCCGGCUCUGACCCGCAUGGAGGGAAGUCGAUUCCUCCGUCACCAGCUGAGCGUCUCGGCCUACGAACACGAGUAUCGCUCCGGGAGUCAGCACCUCUGCAAGAGAGAUGAGAUGUACUACCGGGCGGUACACGGUACUGCAGUAAUCUUCCUUCAGAACGACGCUGGUUUUGCGAAGUGGGGGCCGACUCCAGAACGUCUGGCCGAGCUAAGUGCAGCAUACCGCCCAUCCCCCGCCCGACCUGCCUCCCUGUCCUCUCCUGGCCCCGCCCCUAUUGCUCCUAUUGCCCCUAUUGCCCCUGGAGACAAAGACUCUGCCCCCAAGGCCGCUGAAAGGACGCAGAGUGCCGUGACGUCACCUGGUGGCCAUGACGAUAACAACAACACCAACAACAACACCAACAACAACAACAACAACAACAGUAGUAGUAGUAGUAGUAGCAGUAGUAGCAGCAGCAGUCCUCAUGACAAGACGGCCGCCGUGUAAAAGGGGCGGGGAUUGUAGUGUGACCACGCCCCUUCGCCUGUGUAAAGUUUAUCUGUUUUUGAUCGUCGUCUCGUCUGUUCAGAUUGUCCUUCACCAGCACCUGUAGCAUCUGUCCACAUACCCACAAUACCGUUCUGCCGCCGCCAGCAGGGGGCGGCACCAGAGUUAUUCCUUUCUGUUGGCUUUCACCGUCUCCCCUCACAUCAGCUCUUCUGAUUGGUCGGAGCUCUGACAUCACAGCGUUUGGAGCUUUUUUUUUCACCUGCAACUGAUUCACGUCCAGGUGUGGCUGCUCCCGUUGCUCAGCAACAAGCAGUCAAUAAGAAGAUGUAGUUGAGCUCCAGCAAUAAAAAACCUUUUCACUCACCUGUGAUGUCAUCUUUGAUGUCACUGGAGGACUUCUGAUUGGUCCCCACACCGACAGGGCUUGGUGAUUGGUUGACAAGGCAGCUAUCGUUUCUAUUGGACUCGUCUUUCUUUAUUGAGUCGGACAGAAUCUUCAGGCCCCGUCUCCUCGGGACAACCUGGCCAAUAGGUGCGCGUCCUUCACAGGAAGAACCUUCUCAGCCCGCAGUGCAUUGUGGGAAACUCAGUGGGCAGGAGGUGGUGGAGCGUUCGCAGUGAGGUCAUAUUUGCUUGUGUAAGGAGGCGGAGUCAGAACUGGGGCUCAGAUUGUGUCUCAGACUGGUCAGCAAUGAUAGACGACUCAGAGGUCCCAUCAGACUUCCUGUGGUGUCUUUAUUGAACAGGAAGUUUGAUCAGAGAUGUGACAGGUUGGACCAGGUGCGUUUGGCACCAGGUGGAGCUGUUGGAGACGGUCCUCCGUGUUAAAUAGAGUUGUGAAGUGUGAGAAGUUAAUUCAGGGUUCCUGUUCCGUUCUCAUCGACAGAACCCCGUUUACCACAUAAAGCAACCUUUUUCUCCUUAUACGACUUUUGUUCUCGUAGCAUAACUUUUUCUCAAAAAUAUUUUUCUUGUCAUGUAAACUUUUUUUUUUAAAAAGUAUGAAAUAUUAUGUAUUUUUUUUUCUCAGCAUUUUUCUUGUAAUAAGACGUUUUUUCUAAAAACUGACUAUUUAGUCCAAAUGAAUUUGUUUCAGUUUAAUACUCUAAUAUUGUAGAGCAUGAACUUUUUGUCAGAGCCCUGUUUCGGAAAGCGUGUUGAGUGAAAUCUCUGAAUUGGUUAACCCUGAGAUGAGGUAAACUCUGAAUUGGUUAACCUUGAGAUGAGGUAAACUCUGAAUUGGUUAACCCUGAGAUGAGGUAAACUCUGAAUUGGUUAACCCUGAGAUGAGGUAAACUCUGGAUUUCAGUUCCAGGAAGAACUCUGGGUCAGUUACCAUGGUAACUGACUCUGUGAACCUAACCUGCUCUCUGGCAAGUUUUCCCCAACAAACCCUGAGUUUCUCUCUGUCGCCUCCCUCUUACAGAACCGGACACAUGUAAUGUAGGCUACAGCCUAAUACACAAUCAGAUUUAUUUAUUUAACACUUCAUCCAUUGAGGAAAUGUCAUUCUGGUAAACGAAUUAAUGGACAACACUGAAUAAAAAUUGUGUUAUUGACACUUCUCCCCGCGCUUACUUUCUUUAGAGAUUACUGUGCACAGUCAGCAUAUACCUGUAUUAACAUUUCCGCCUCAUUUUUACCUGUUGCCAUGGUGAAUCGUAGUAUCAGAGCUCUAUUGAUGAUGGCUUUUUAUGUUCAGGUUCAACCUACUCCGAUUUGAUUGAACUGACUCUGGAACCUCAGGAUUAGUGAACUCAGAGUUUGUUAAACCUGCUUUCUGAAACGGGGCCCUGGUUUGAUUUAGUGUUUACAAACAGAUCUUAAAAAGGAAUUGUUAAAUAACGAAGAAUACUCAAGGAACCAGCGACUCCUCACACUUGGUAACUUGACACCAUGGAUGUAUAAUAAGAACUGGAUACCGGACUCCAAGGUGGCGCCUAUUCAGUCCAAUUAGAAUCGCUCACCUGGUACAUACGCCAAAAAAGUUUCUAGCUUGCAGGUUUACUUCCGGGGCAUGCGGCCCGCUGAAUGCAGUAGUAGUUUCUCUCGAUGUUCCCGCUAGACUUUACAUUGUGAUGACGUCACAGAUUUUUAUAUCGAGGAAAGUUUUACAAAUAUAAAAUCUUCAUGGAUCAUAAAAUCAUAAUAGUCAUAAUUGACCUUUGCAGUUCAAGAUGUCCUGUUAACUGUCUCAUUUACAAUGGUGGCCUAUGGGGAAAAUGCUUUUUGGGCUGCAGGGGGAUUUUUCGCUGCAAUACCACGAGUGGCCACUGAGCAAAAUCGGAAGCGAGGCUGAGCGGCGGCGCAGUAUCCAGUUCUUAUUAUACAUUCAUGCUCGACACCAGCAGCAGACUGUCUGUUCUCUGAUUGGCUGAUGAGUCGUCCUAUCGGGCGUCUGUCUUCGUGUGACAACAGUUUCUGCCCCAGCUGUGUAGAUACUGUACAGUUAAACUGAUAUGAAGUCUGUUGAUGUUAUUUUCCUCAUCUGCUGUUAAAUUGAUUGAAAAAACAAAUUUAAUUGUUCUUUUUUUAUUUGAUUUAAUUUAACAUUUUUUUAAAAAGAGAUGGAGAUCUGUUUUCUGUAUUAUACAGCUUAUGAUAGUUUGUUUUAAACUAAACCAAAGUGUUAUUAAGAAAAUCUAUAUCUUGUAUGUAAAAGUAGAAGUGUGUAUGCAUCGGUAAUGCUGAAGUCUAACCAGCAGAAUACUCCUCCACAUUAUUUUUAUAAUUCUCAGCUGUUCUCUUUUCAGUAACUGUUUGUUUUUAUGUUUGUUUUGGGGUUAUUUUGUUUUUUUUGUUGUGCAUGAAACCUUUUGGACUCUAAAUGAUGUCGUAAUCCUGAAUGUGUUUUUUAGGCCGAGUCUUCGGGCCGCGUGGUGUCGCCACAUCUUCAUCGCCGCGUCACGGGAAAUCACACUAAAAAAGUGUAAACGUUUUCUUUAAAGGAGCAGUCCAACAUUUAGGGAUAUUGUGUUUACUGCAAAUCUUGAGUUGUUGGAAGAUUAUUUUUCCUGCUAAGCUAGCAGUUCCCCCCUGCUUCCAGUCUUUGUGCUAAGCUACGCUAAUGUUGGAAUGUCCCUUUAAUAUUUCUAGAAAGCGAGUAACACUUUGGUAUUCCUGUGAAACUACAUUACAGUCACCAAAGAAAACAAAUUGGAGAUGUUUUAUUGUAAUUAAGAGUUAUUUUUCCUAAUUCUGGGAUCUGUAUCUUAUAAAAAGUUCUUGUGAUUAUGAGAUAAAAAAAAAAAAAAAAUUGUGAUUAAGAAGGUCUCUUGUAAUUAUAGGAACAUUUGAUUAGUUUUCUGGUCAUUAUAACGUCUGCAUUUCAUAAUUUCAAGAAAACUUUUUUUUUUAUGAUUCGAAUAGAAUAAAUACGGAAUUAUGUUCUUGUAAUUAUGAGAUAAACUGAUAAUUACGAUAAAACUUUAAUCACAAGAGAACUGUUGUAUGUUUUUGGAUAGUUGUUUUGCAAUUACAUCUUCUCUUGUACUUGAGAUCCAUGUCUAAUACUUGGAACAUAAAUUACAACAAAGAUCUCGUAAUUAUUAGACAAAGGCCAUUUAACUAAGUAAUUAUUUUUUUAUCUCAUAAUUAAUUGAACUUUAUUUCUUUAUUUUGAGAAAAUAUUUCAUGAAAGUUUUCUUGUAUUUAUGACAUCCGUCGGGCUAUCUCAUGGUAACAAAAUAAAGAUCUUGUAAGUAAAAGAUAAAAUAAUUAUACUUACGAGAAGAUCUUGCAAUUACUAUGUGAUAAUAUAAUAACGAGAGAGAUCCCAGUAAUCUUUAGCUGCAAGAUUUUUUUUAUUUCAAGAUCUUUAAGUUUUAAUUAAGAGCUAGCGUCUCAUAAUUAUAAAGUUAUAAAACAGAAGUCCUAAUUACAACAUGACGCCUCCAGUAAUUUUGUCUUGAUUCAAACCAUCAAGUUGUUUGGAUUCCCUCCGAUUCAGUGAAACCUCUCGAGUCUGGGUUAAAUAUGAAAUAACCAUCAUUGUGAUGUCACGUGGCGAUGCUGCCGGGCGGUGAAGACCCGGCCAUGUUUGUGGUUCUCACAGCUGGAGAAUGUAAAUACAGUCUGUCCUUCAUCCUGCCUGCAGACAAAAUGCAGCUUCACUCUCCCAGUAAAAAUAUAUCCAACCCAGUUA